UGCUAGCUACCAGCUGUUGUGUUAUCUAGUUAGCAAUAAUACUGCUUGCUAAUACUAAUAAGUUAUCUGUGUUUAGCUACAUUGAAAAGGAACUAACGCUACUCAUAGUGUGUUAACGUUAACAUGUUGAGUGUGUGUUAACCCUUGGUUAAUAACGCAUCCCGUGAGAACAAGGUUCAGGGAAGAUCAUCACCAUCAAGUUUAGCUAACGUUAGCUAGCUAGCUUGUUAGCUAGCGUGUAGCGACCGUAGCAUAUUUGCCAGCUUUAGCUAGCUAGCUAGUGAAGGUUUACAAAAAUGGGAUGCUAUCGGAAACUUUAACAUUUGUAACAAGCAUGUACUUUGUGUUUGAUUAUUACGGCCAUCAAGAGAGAUUUUUUGACAGAGUCAUCAAACUAUCAGUGAUGCAUACCAAGAUCAUGAAAGGUUUCUGUGUGGGCUCCUUCAAGAUGGAUGUGGGAACGGUCUAUAGACAACCUGGUCACCAGUUCACCAAUAAGUGGGCGGUGCUGACGGACCCGGCAGACAUCAGGACCGGGGUCAAAGGUUACCUGAAGUGCGACAUCAGCGUGCUGGGGAAGGGAGACGCCAUACAGCCCUCUCAGAAGACCAGCGAUGCUGAGGAGCAGAUAGACAAGAACCUGUUGGUUCCCGAGGGGUUCCCCUCAGAGCGUCCCUGGGCCAGGUUCUAUGUAAAGGUGUACAGAGCGGAGGGUCUACCUCGUAACAACUCCUCCAUCAUGGCUAACGUCACCAAGGCCUUCAUAGGGGACAACACUGCCCUCAUAGACCCAUACGUGGUGGUGUCCUUCUUCAAACAGAUGGGCAGAACGGCCACCCAGAAGAGUACAGCAGACCCUGUGUGGAACGAGCAGAUAGUGUUCACUGAGAUGUUCCCUCCUCUGUGUCAGCGGCUGAAGAUCCAGGUGUGGGACGAGGGCAGUAUGAACGACGUGGCCAUAGGGACACACUACAUCGACCUGCGGAGGAUCUCCAACAAACAGGACGGGGACAAAGGCUUCCUCCCUACGUUCGGACCGGCCUGGGUCAACAUCUACGGUUCUGCCCGUAACUUCUCUAUGGUGGAUGACAACCCCGAACUGAACGAGGGGGUCGGGGAAGGGGUGUCGUGGCGGGGCAGGGUGUACCUGGAACUGGCUGUAGAGAUACUGUCAGGGGGGGGAGGGGAGUCCAAGCUGCCCCGGUUAGUCAAACCUCUGAAGGAUACCAAGGCGGGUAAAGUAGCAGGAAAGGACCCUAAAGGAGCAGGAGGAGGAGCAGGAGCAGGGGAGGAGGAGAAAGCCAAGGCCAUCGGGGCGGAGGUGAUGCCGGUGGAUUCUCCACCUCAGCUCAUUGACAAGGACAGCUUUUUGCUGUUUGGAACGUUAUUCGAGGCCACGAUGAUCGACAGAAAGAUCGGAGACAAACCCAUCAGCUUUGAGUUGUCUGUUGGUAACUUUGGGAACGUCCAGGAGGGCUCUCCCCAGGUCAGCGGUAGGAGGAAGGUAGAGAAGCCAGUAGCAGAGAGGGUGUGGGAGGGUCAGGAUCUCGACAGUACCCCCCUGAUGGACUCCCAGGACCCCAAACCUGGGCUCUGGCAGUCUCCGUGCCAGUCCACCACACCCCCAGAGAAACCCCUCACUGAUGGAAACAGGCAUUACAAUUACCUGCCCAUCCACCAGCAGAAGCCGUGUGUCCAUGUGACGAGCUGCUGGGAGGAUCGGACUUACCGUCUUCACAGCUCUAACUUCCUGGAGAACAUCGCUGUCGUGUUUGAAGAAGGCGUGGCCAAGGCAGAUGACCUGAACAAGUUGUCAGAUCCUGGAACAGAAGCUCUCGCCCGCCGAGUCUUUCAUGAGUUCAUCAUGGACGCCAGGAGAUUCAUAGCCUUUGCAGAAGGGAAAGUGAGAAUGAGCCAUCUGACCAUGUUGGAUAAGAAACGCCUGACCAUGUGUAAACAGGAGCUGGAGAGUAUGGUUGGAAAGGCAGAAACCAUCUCAGAGGGGAAGAGGAAGGCUCGCAGUAUGAAGGAGAUGUUGCAGGAGGCCCUGAAACUCACACAGAAACUGAGAUUCCUAGUGGAAGAGCCCCAGCAUACCAUCCCAGAUGUGUUUGUGUGGAUGAUGAGUAACAACAAGCGUGUGGCGUAUGCCCGUAUCUCUGCCCGUGACCUGAUCUACUCUGCCAGCCCUGAGGAGAGAGGCAAAGACUGUGGCAAGAUCCAGACUUUAUUCUUGAAGCCCCCAGGGAAGCGUGUAGCAGGCUGGUCAAUUCAGGCCAAACUGGACGUGUACCUGUGGCUGGGCAGCUCCAGAGACUCCUCUCAUAUGCUGGAUAACCUGCCUGGAGGGUUUGAGCCCAAAGGGGGUGCCACUGAGGAGCAGCUUCUACCUGGCAACCUACCUGUACAUCUGGUAUAUAGAGACGAGCACAGGUUCCAGAUGCGCGCCCACAUGUACCAGGCUCGAGGGCUGAUAGCAGCAGACACUACAGGACUCUCAGACCCCUUCGCCAGGGUCACCUUCCUGACACACAGCCACACCACGGCCAUCAUCAACCAGACGUUAACCCCGACCUGGAACCAGAUGUUGUUGAUGACCCGGGUCACGCUGCAUGGAGACCUAGCGCACCUGGAGCAGGAGCCACCGUGCAUCGUCGUCGAGGUGUAUGAUGACGACGCUCUGGGCAAGGCAGAGUACCUGGGCAGCACGGUGGCAGUGCCUGUGGUGAGGGUGUCAGAGCAGCCCUACUCUCCUCCCCAGCUCCAGUACAGUCCUCUGUUUUCUGGAUCCCAGUCUGGAGGAGAACUGCUGGGGGCCUUUGAGCUCAUACAGAUCCCAGAGUCAGGAGAAGAGUAUCUGCCUGCGCUGGACGAACCAGACGGUCAGAUCUACCCUGUACCUGGCAACAUCAGACCUGUACUGAGCAGGUAUCGAUUAGAGGUGUUGUUCUGGGGCCUGAGGGAGCUGAAGAAGGUGCAGCUCCUGUCUGUGGAUCGUCCCCAGGUGUUUAUAGAGUGUGCUGGGAAAAGCCUGCGCUCCUCUGUUAUCCAGAGCUACAAGACCAGCCCAAACUUCACCACACUGGUGGAUGCCUUUGACCUGGAGCUGCCUGAGAAUGAGAACCUUCACCCUCCCCUGAACAUCAGUGUGGUGGACUGGCGAGCGUUCGGACGCUCCACCGUGGUGGGAAACUACACCAUCAACAACCUGAAGCCUUUCAAAUACACCCCUCCCCCCGCGCUGUCCGCGCCAACCUCACCACGGGGACCUGCCAGCAGAGAGGAUUUAGGUAUGACGCCCCAGUCUAAUGUAGACAAUGUAAUGACUUUGUCAUCUGAGGAUGUUUCAAUCAACAUCUACCAGGAGAUCUCUCCUGCACCCCCACCCCCACCCCCACCCGAACCAGACAAGAAGGAAAAGGACUGGAGGAAGAGCUCUCGGAAGUCUACUAAGAGGAGGAAGCGAACCGUAGCAGAUGAGUCCGGGGAUAACGUCCUCGACUGGUGGUCCAAGUACUACGCCUCAGUAGACAAGAUCCAGCAGGCCAAGCAGAAGGAGGUACAUCCCUUCCCAUACGUCUAUGAUAAUGUCAGUGGACAGCAGGAUGGAGACAAGAAGAAGAAACCAAUAUUGCAAGUCCCUCAGGAAGGUGUGUCCAAACUGGCAACACUACAGCUCUACGACAAGGAGCUGGAGUCAGAGUUUGGUCCGUUUGAUGACUGGGUCAACACCUUCGAGCUGUUCAGAGGGAAAGCCAACGACGAGGUGGGCCGUUCUAAUGAGGAGAGGGUCGUCGGGAAGUUCAAGGGUCGGUUCUGCGUGUACAAGCUAACUGAGGAGGAUGACGAGUGGGAGGAGAGUCCGAACUCAGGCCAGUUUAAGAUCACCCGAGGGAUCCCACCCAACACCUCGGUUAAGGUUCUCAUCAGGGUUUACAUCGUAUCUGCAUCGAACCUCCACCCAGCCGAUACCGAUGGGAAGUCUGACCCCUACAUCGUUCUGAGGCUGGGGAAAACUGAGAUAAAAGACAGAGACAACUACAUCCCCAAGCAACUCAACCCAGUCUUUGGCAGGUCCUUUGAGAUCCAGGCCACGUUUCCUAAAGACUCCCUGCUGACUACUCUGAUCUAUGACCAUGACACCAUCGGGACUGACGAUCUGAUCGGGGAGACGUGCAUAGAUCUGGAGAACCGCUUUUACAGCCGACACCGGGCCACCUGCGGACUGCCCACUGAGUACAGCAUUGACGGUUAUAACGCCUGGAGGGACUCCACCAAGCCAUCUGAGCUGUUGACUAAGCUCUGUAAGGAGAACAGGCUAGAUGAACCCUCUUUCAGACCCGGAAGAAUCACCAUCGGGGACAAUGUCUUCGCUGGGAAAACACUGUUCAUGGAUGAAGAGCAGACGGUGGAGUCCUAUGAACAUCUGGCGCUGAAGAUCCUUCACAGAUGGACUGAGAUUCCAGGGGUGGGAUGUAGACUUGUCCCAGAGCACAUCGAGACACGGACUCUGUACAACAAGGCCAGGCCUGGGAUGGACCAGGGCCAGCUCCAGAUGUGGGUGGACAUGUUCCCCAUGGAUAUGCCCCACCCAGGCCCCUCUGUGGAUAUCUCCCCUCGUAAACCUAAAGGGUAUGAGUUGAGAAUCAUCAUCUGGAACACUGAAGAUGUGAUUCUGGAAGACACUAACAUCCUCACAGGAACACAGUCCAGUGACAUCUACGUGAAAGGGUGGCUUAAGGGCUUUGAGGACGAUCGCCAGGAGACUGAUGUUCACUACAACUCUCUGACUGGGGAGGGUAAUUUCAACUGGCGCUUGGUGUUCCCCUUUAACUACCUGCCCGCCGAGAAGGUGGUGGUAGUCAGUAAGAGGGGGAGCAUCUUCUCCCUGGACAAGACGGAGCAGAAGCUACCGGCCAUGUUGGUGAUGCAGGUCUGGGACUUUGACAGGCUGUCUUCUGAUGAUUUCUUGGGUACCGUGGAGUUGGACUUACAUGGGUUUCCCCGCGGCGCCAAGUCAGCCAAGGCCUGUAAGAUGGACAUGCUGACGGACAGCUUAGAGACCAUCUCCAUCUUCCAACAGAAGAGGUCCAGAGGCUGGUGGCCCUUUGUCAAGGCUGGGGAGCUCACGGGGAAAGUAGAGGCGGAGUUCCACCUGGUGACAUCGGAGGAGGCAGAGAAGAAUCCGGUUGGUCGAGCCCGCAAGGAGCCGGAACCCCUGGAAAAACCCAACCGGCCAGACACGUCAUUCUCGUGGUUCGUGAACCCUUUUAAGUGUUUCUUCCACCUGAUCUGGAGGAACUAUAAGAAGUACAUCAUCAUCGCCCUGGUCCUGCUCAUCACAGCUCUGUUCAUCGCCCUGCUCCUCUACACCCUGCCAGCAGCCAUCUCACAGAAGAUAGUCAAUGGUUAACACACUGCACUACCACGGCUGACUGACAGGGUGGCUGACUGACUAGCUGGCUGACUGACUAGCUGGCUGACUGACUAGCUGGCUGACUGACUAGCUGACUGACAGGGUGGCUGACUGACUGACAGGCUGGCUGACUGACUAGCUGGCUGACUGACUGGGUGGCUGACUGACAGGGUGGCUGACUGACAGGGUGGCUGACUGACUAGCUGACUGACAGGGUGGCUGACUGACUAACAGGGUGGCUGACUGACUGACAGGGUGGCUGACUGACUGACAGGGUGGCUGACUGACAGGGUGGCUGACUGACUGACAGGGUGGCUGACUGACUGGGUGGCUGACUGACUGACAGGGUGACUGACAGGGUGGCUGACUGACUGACAGGGUGGCUGACUGACUGACAGGGUGGCUGACUGACUGACAGGGUGGCUGACUGACUGACAGGGUGGCUGACUGACUGACUGACUAGCUGACUGACUGACAGGGUGGCUGGCUGACUGACAGGGUGGCUGACUGACUGACUAACUGACUGACUAGCUGACUGACUGACUAGCUGACUGACUGACUAGCUGGCUGACAGGGUGGCUGGCUGACUGACUAGCUGACUGACUAGCUGGCUGACUGACUGACAGGGUGGCUGACUGACUAGCUGGCUGACAGGGUGGCUGACUGACUAGCUGGCUGACUGACUGGGACCCAAAAGUCUAAAUCAAUCUACAGUCACUUAGAUAAUCUAACUAUCAAGCAGGGUCGGGACUGAAGCUAGUGAAAUAGUCUGACGACUAACUCAGGAAUUCAUAAUCAUGUAGCAUAUUAUAUAUUAAC